AUGACACGUCGCUCUGGAGGCCACCGUUUGAGGGGCCACAGGAUCACCGUUGGCCAACCUCUUCCUCGAUGGGAUAUGAGCACUCUGAUUGCACAUAUUCUGGUGGAGCAAAUGAACCAGGAGCCAGGUGGUGAACUUUCGCGAGAGAUAGAUCUUAUUAAUCUAAAAGUGGAUCUUGCUCUGGAAGCCUUCACGAGAGUGCGAUUGUUCCUCGCCGAUGUCCAUUUCUCCCUUGAGGAGACACGUGCCAAGCUGGAUGACUUUAGGGAGAAUCUUGAUGCUUGUAUUGAAAAAUACGACAUUGGAGAGGACCAGGACACCAAGAAGAAUCAAGAUGUCGAGGAGAAGCAAGAGUGA